UGAAAUAUAGGAGUAGUCUUAGAAAGACGAUUGGGUCAGCAUACAUGAACCGUGUUAAUUAUUGUUCGUUUUAAUUUAAAUCUCAUCUUGUCAUCACUGCAAUUAAGUGAGUUGAUGAGAGCAAAAUUCGAAACAGAAAACCCCAUCAAAAAAUGAAGAAUCCUUGGAAGUUAUUGAAGUUACUACCAAUUCUAGUCAUCAAACAAUUCUUCAUCUCUAAAGCUCCAUUUUUUGUUUUAGGUUUGUUGGUAAGCUACGACUUCACGGAGAAUUGGGCAAAUUCUCUGAUGAUGGAUUACCUUUCAUAUUCUCUGAAGAGUGAUAGAAUAACUGCCAUAAUUACAAAUCUACAAGAUGGUGUAUCAGAUAUAUUUGUUAUUUUUUUCUCUUCGGUCUCUGAAGCCUCCACUGGUAGCUUCACUAUGAUGGCUUUCUGUUCAUCUGGCACCAUCGUGAUUCAAAAUGUGCAUUUGGUUCUUUAUCAUGACUAUUGCUGCCUGCACCUUUUGAAGUUUUAGAAUUCUCUGAUUCUCCUUUGUGAUCUCCUCCACUGAGCCUGUUUGUGCCACUGUCACCACUAUACUUCUUCAAAUCUUCAACCAGUAGUCUAGAUCUGAACUCCAGAAACGCAGCACUUGGUAAUGGCUUUGUCAACACAUCAACUAGCUGGAAAGUUCUAGGGACAUGACUCACUUGAAUAAUCUUCUUAGUGAUAUAAUCGUGGACAAAAUGAAGAUCAGUCUCAAAAUGUUUUGACUUUGAAUAUAGAAUUAGAUUUGCAGCCAACAAUACAACACUUAAAUUAUCACAAUAAACUAAUGGAUCUGUUGAAAGUGUAGCUCCUAUUUCACUCAUAAAAUUCUUUAUUCAAAGCAACUCAGCCUCUAAGUCAGCCAUAGCCCUACACUUUGCUUCAGUACCGGACCAGGCAACAACACCUUGCUUCUUUGAACUCCACGAAAUUAGAUUACUCCCAAAAAAAAUAUAGAAGCCACCAGUGGAUGUCCUAUCAUCUGGGUCUCCUCCGCAAUCAGAAUCACUAUAGGCUUUAACUUGUUGAACAUUUGUUUUGUACAAGUGUAGACCAAAACCGAGUGUCUCAUGCAUAUCUUAGCACCCUUUUGAUUAGCUUCCCGUCUUCAUUUAACAGAUUUUGCAUAAACUGUAGGACCUUACCUACACAAUAAGUUAACUCCAGACGAGUGACAGUAAGAUAUUGUAAACUGCUCACCACUGAUCUAUAAAGUUUAGGGUCCUUGAAUGUUAAACCUCUAAAGAAAGAAAACUUAACCGAGGAGGGUAGAGGUGUAGGACAAGGCUUGUAGUGCUCUAUAUCUGCUUUCUUAAGCAGGUCCUUGGUAUAUUUUUCUUGUGACAAUACCAGACCACCACUAGCAGUCUUAGUAACCUAAACCCCAAGAAAAUAAUGAAGGUCACCCAUAUCUUUUAAAGUAGAUUUGACAUUCAGUUGUUGAAUCACUAGCGAAAUUACAUCAUCAGAGUCUCCAGUGAUGAUUAUAUCAUCAACAUAUACCAGGACAAACAAUGAAGAGCCAUUUUUGAACCUGUUAAAGACAGAGACAUCGAACUUUGUUGCAUUGAACCCAAGGUGCUGCAGGGCUGUGGACAACUUGUAAUACUGCGCUCUUGGUGCCUACUUCAAACCAUAGAGGGCCUUGGUGAACUUACACAUUAAACUGUCAUCACCAACUUCAUAACCCUUCAGCUACUUCAUGUAUAUAUCCUCAGCCAGGUCACCAUGCAGAAAUGCAUUAUUGACAUCAAGCUAUUUAAUUUUCUAAUUUAUGGACAAUGCCAAUGUGAGCACAAAUCAAAUUGAAGUAGAUUUUACCACUCGACUGUACAUUUCUAUAAAAUUAAAUCCUGGUCUCUGAGAGAAACCUUGAGCCACGAGAUGAGCCUUAUACUUUUGUAAGCUACCAGUCAAGUUAUAUUUAACCUGAAAGACCCAUCUACUACCCACUACUUCUCUGUCCUAAGGAAGGAGAACCCGUUUCCAGGUUUGGUUUUACAUGAGGGCAUUGUAUUCUGCAUCUAUUGUAGCCUUUCACUCAGGCAUGGACAAGGCAGCUCGGACUAUCUUUGGUUCAACACUAACAAGGAAGGAUCUGGGCUUAAGAACUCCAAUUUUUCUUCUUGUGGUCAUAGGAUGAACAUUUGAAACGAGUGGUGCUGGGACUGAGGGAUUGACGUUAGGAUUUUUGCUAGUAAAGAAUUUUAUAAAAAUAGUCGCGUUGUAGAUAUAGAUUCUAAACCAACAGAAAUCCCUUCGUGCAAACGUUUUGGUUGUCACAAAUAACAAACCCCUAAAUAAAUUAAUAACCGAGUAUUUAAACCUCGGGUCGUCUUCUCAAGGAAUUGCAGGGAGGUGUGUUCGUAUUAUUGGUUAUGAAAAAGUGUAUUUUGGGGUUGAG